UGCACGCAGAACUCUGCCACUGUGACUCUGGCCGGAUGUCUGCUGCAGGACCGAGGCAUCGACUCCUCCGCCCUCCACCUCAUUGACCCCGACUGCAAAGGUCACGUGGACCAACGCACCCACAUGGUGGAGUUCAGCUUCGACAGCAGCGACACCUGUGGGGCGGAGGUUUCGAUGAACAACAGCCAAAUCCUCUACAAGAACACCAUCACGACGGGGAACGGCUCUCAGAACGGCGUCAUCACCCGCCGAGACCAAGUCCAGAUCGACUUCUCCUGCUUCUACGCAACGCCAGACGUCCAGAGCCUGUCCUUCAGGAUCAAAGACAGCUCUGUGGUACUGCAGAUCGUAUCCGGAGCUUGGAACUACACUCUGACGAUGGCCGCCUACACCGACGGCGGACUCCAGAACCGCGUGGAGUCGAGCACCGAGAUCCAGCUGAACCAGAAGGUGUGGCUGCAGCUGAAGACGGAGGGGCUGGACGGCGACCUGGUCGCCAUAGUGACCGACUCCUGCUGGGCCACCACCCAGCCGUCCACCGACAGCAGCCCGCGAUACGACCUCGUCAUCGCCGGAUGCCCCAACAAGGCCGACCAGACGGUGAUGGUGGAGGGAAACGGACUGGGAACCUCCAACGUCUUCUCUUUCAACGUGUUCCAGUUCUCUGGAGAAACAUCUGCAAUCUACCUGCACUGCAAAGUGGAGCUGUGCCCCAAAGAGGGCAAAAGCUGUGCUCCGACCUGCCCUGGAAGCAGUAAGAGGAGGCGCAGAUCCUCCAGGUCCAAGACUGCAGAGGGAAACCCAGCCCUCAUCACUAUGGCCUGGAGUAAUUAAAGACCGCUGCCCUUCUGACCUUUGACCUGCUGAUUCCUCAUUGAAGCUCCAACAACCAGCCUCGAACCUCACGGCUCUUCAACAGAUGUUUGAAGAUGUUGCUGCUGUGAAACAAUGCUGGCAGGUCUUCAUUUGGUCACCUGGGAUGAAGCAUUUAUUACUUCUUUAUAUAUCCAAUGAUUCUUGCUAAUUAUUAUGAGAUUUAUCAGAAUCUCUAGUGAAAUAAAUGACAGAAAAUAGAAUAAAAAAACUAAUCAAAGAGGGUUUUAAGGGUCUGGUACUUUAAAUAUAUAUUGAAUCACUUCUUUAAACGUGCAAAGUCUGAAUGAUACCUGGUGGAAGCAGCAACAGAGUCUGUGUUUUAGUGACAUGAGAUGAGAAAAGUACAAGUGGAAGCAAAGAACUGUAAACUGUUAUUACACAAGGACAUGCUGUUGUACUAUUAUGUUAUUACUGUGAGCAAAAGAAAAUAC